AGGGGCGCUGUUCUCUGUCCUGCUGGCAGUUUUCUGUUAUUGAAAGAGAACAACAGCAUGGGGGAAGCCGAGGUUGUUCCAGUCGACGAAAAACAGGCAGACUCGGGGAUCAGUCACAUCGAAGACUCGGUGGUAUGGAGUCAAGAAGUCGAGGUGUGCCUGUUCCAUGCAAUGCUAGGUCACAAACCCGUAGGGGUAAAUCGUCACUUUCACAUGAUCUGCAUCCGGGAUAAAUUCAGCCAAAAUAUUGGGAGGCAAGUGUCAUCAAAGGUGAUCUGGGACCACCUGGGAACUAUGUAUGACAUGUCAGCCUUGCAUGAGUCUGAAAUAUUGCCGUUUCCCAACUCAGAGAAGAGCUUCAAUCUUCCAGACGAGAUUAUUCAACAAGUAAAAGAAGGUAAACUGGUAUCCGAGGACGACGUGAAAGACGAUUUCAAAGAAGAACGAGACCCCCCAGCCAUGCAUGAAGAAGGCAGCAACUCCUCAGUGAAGAUGACAGAGAGGGUAGGCAGCAAAGACAAGGACAGAGAAAGAGACCGAGAGAAGGGUUCCGCUGAGGGCGGCCCGGGGAAGGAGGCAGCAGACAAGAGGAAGAGGAACCGUGCCACUGAGAAGGUGCUCAACUCCAGCAGCAACCCCUCCAGCCCCGGUGGAGCCAAGCGGAGAAGGACAUAGGCCAAGCCACCAGGAGGCGCCCUCGAGAUAUCAUCCACUGCAGAGAGCAGGAGACACCAGGGAGAGGAGGAGAGACCUGGGACUGGAGAGACUCAUCUGUGAAGCCUGGAGGGAGAGAAUGACAGGAGAGUGACAUUUUAUGAGUAAUAGAUUAUAGAGCUAUUUGGACAAUGCUUAAUUUGUGGACAGGUAUCCAGGAUACCUCAUGAAGAACUUUUAAGCCCACAGAAGCUGCAAUUUUAGUAUGUUGUGUUUUCUCAGAACAACUAGAAAGAUGUAGCAUUCCCUGUUGCCACACAAUCUCUGAAAGCCACAUUGCAAAAGCAGUGUGAUGACUACAACACUGAAUCGUAUCGGUCAUGAUGAUCAAUAUACUGUCACAGCAUCUGGUAUAUUUGGACCAUCCCGUCCCACCAGUCCUCAGCUGUGCUGUGGAUCAGAGGCCAGCAUGACAGUUUACUAAUAUUGACACAAUUCAAGCUGACGCAUAUCAAUGCUUCUGUAUUGAUGUCAGAAUAAGUGUAAUGGUACUAGUGCUUGUGUUAUGUGAAGUUCUCUUGUUUGGCCUCGGAGAAAUGCUGGACUACAAAAUCCCAUCAAUACACUGUAUGUGACUGGCUGGACGCUUGCAUUAAUUCAUUGUCAUUUUUUUUAGUUCUGAACUCUUACAAGUGGUUAUAAACAAAUGUAUAGAGCUACUCAUGGUAGUGUACCUCAUCCACCUCUUCCAGUGACUGCCAACCAGAUGGUCAUUGUGCCUCCUUAUAUCUGUAUAAACUGUAGUUGCCAGUGGUGCAAAAUGUUGGUAAUUUUCCUUCUUUUUUCCCACAGUCAUUAUUUGAUGUAAUUUUGUCCUUGGGGAUUAUUAAAUCAGCAUGUUUUGGUAAUUGCUCCAAAUGAUUUUUUUGUCUGUCUCAAUGACUGACUUCUCAGAAUCAAAUAAAACAAUGUGUAGCUGUAGUCUCCAUCCAUGUGAGAUAUGUUAUUUUGUUUGUCUAUUUAUUUGAACUGCUCCAUUUUAAGGCAUUAAAUAUGAGUUUGGACUAA